AUGGUUGUGGCAGUGUCAGGCAUGGAUUCACUUGGUGAAAGAGCAGCAAAGAUGAAAGAAGCACUUCAAAAAAGCCAAACUAUUACUGAUAAUGUUGUUACAAUUCUGGGUUCUUUUGAUAGUCGUCUUUCAGUUCUUGAGACUGCUAUGCGUCCAACUCAGAUCAGAACACAUGCGAUAAGGAAAGCUCAUGAGAAUAUUGACAAGACAUUAAAGGCUGCAGAGGUUAUAUUGACUCAGUUUGAUGCUUCUCGGCAGGCAGAGGCUAAAAUACUUAAGGGGCCGCAUGAGGACCUAGAAAGUUACCUGGAAGCAAUCGAUCAGCUAAGAAGCAACAUCCGUUUCUUUAGUGGCAACAAAGGUUUUAAGAGUAGCGAUGCAGUUAUCAAUAAUGCAAAUACCUUACUUAGUAAGGCAAUUUCAAAGCUAGAAGAUGAGUUUAAGCAGCUGUUGGCGUUGUACAGCAAGCCUGUGGAACCUGAUCGUCUCUUUGAGUGCCUCCCUGAAUCAAUGCGGCCAUCUUUAGAAUCGCCUGGAAACCAUAAGCAUCAUAAUUCUGAGCACCAAAACGGUACUUCGGAAACUGGUGGUUUCAAACAUCUUCCUCUCAUACCUCCAAGGGUUCUACCUUUGUUGCACGAUUUAGCCAUACAAAUGGUUCAAGCUGGGAACCAACAACAGUUACUUAGAAUUUACAGGGAUACCCGUUCUUCAGUAUUGGAGGAAAGCCUUCGCAAGUUGGGAGUUGAAAAGCUGAGCAAAGAGGAUGUCCAAAAGAUGCAAUGGGAGGUGUUGGAGGCCAAGAUUGGGAAUUGGAUUCAUUUCAUGCGCAUUGCUGUCAAAGUCCUGUUUGUUGGAGAAAGAAGAGUCUGCGAUCAAAUAUUUGAAGGACAUGAUGCUCUUCUGGAUCAGUGCUUUGCUGAAUGUACCGCUACUAGUGUCUCCAUGCUCCUUAGUUUUGGGGAUGCAAUUGCCAGAAGCAAAAGGUCACCUGAGAAGUUAUUUGUACUUCUGGACAUGUAUGAGAUAAUGCGAGAACUACAUUCAGAGGUUGAGGCAGUUUUUGGUAGUAAAGCUUGCAAUGAAAUUAGGGAAUCCACAUUUGGUUUGACAAAAAGGCUUGCCCAGACAGCUCAAGAAACCUUUGGUGAUUUUGAAGAAGCAGUUGAAAAAGAUGCCACAAAGACUGCUGUUCUGGAUGGAACUGUCCAUCCUUUGACAAGUUAUGUGAUUAACUACGUGAAGUUUCUCUUUGACUAUCAAUCAACCUUGAAGCAACUCUUCCAAGAAUUUGAAAGCAGUGGCGAAACAACUUCACAGUUAGCAACUGUAACAAUGCGGAUAAUGCAGGCUCUUCAAACGAAUUUGGAUGGGAAAUCUAAGCAGUAUAGAGAUCCAGCUCUGACUCACUUAUUUCUCAUGAACAAUAUUCAUUACAUGGUCAGAUCUGUGCGCAGAUCAGAAGCCAAGGACUUGUUAGGAGACGAUUGGGUUCAAAGGCAUCGAAGGGUUGUGCAGCAGCAUGCAAACCAAUACAAAAGGAAUGCUUGGGCAAAGAUUCUUCAAUGUCUAUCUACACAAGGGCUUACCUCAUCUGGGGGAGGUUCUGGAGUACCUGGUGAGGGAGGAAGUGGCAGUGGAGCUUCAAGAGGGUUGAUUAAAGACAGGUUCAAGACUUUCAAUGUGCAAUUUGAGGAGCUUCACCAAAAACAAUCUCAGUGGACUGUUCCUGACACUGAGUUGCGAGAGUCACUAAGGCUUGCUGUUGCUGAAGUCUUGUUGCCUGCCUACAGAUCCUUUUUAAAACGCUAUGGGCCUCUAGUUGAGAGUGGGAAGAAUCCUCAGAAGUACAUUAGGUACACAGCUGAGGAUCUGGAAAGAAUGUUGGCCGAAUUUUUCGAGGGGAAGACCUUGAAUGAACCCAGGCGGUAA